ACCACUAUCCAGUCCUUCAACUCAUAUUCUCUCCUCCAUCGGCCAUCUACUUCCAGCCAGUGGUAGUGGAAGAACAAUGGGUAGACAGCAAUUAGAAGUGCUGAACGCACUUGACGUUGCCAAAACCCAAGUCUACCAUUUCACAGCCAUUGUGGUCGCUGGAAUGGGCUUCUUCACCGACGCCUACGAUCUCUUCAGCAUCUCCCUAAUCUCCAAGCUCCUGGGCCGCAUCUACUACACCAACCCCAACUCCCUCAAGCCCGGCACCCUCCCCCCCAGCGUCUCCACCUCCGUCACCGGCGUCGCCCUCGUCGGCACCCUCGCCGGCCAGCUCUUCUUCGGCUGGCUCGGCGACAAGAUGGGCCGCAAAAAGGUCUACGGCAUCACCCUCCUCAUCAUGAUCAUCUGUUCCAUCGCCUCCGCCCUCUCCUUCGGCCACUCCCCCAAGGGCGUCAUGACCACCCUCUGCUUCUUCCGCUUCUGGCUCGGCUUUGGCAUCGGCGGCGACUACCCCCUCUCCGCCACCAUCAUGGCCGAGUACGCCAACAAGAAAACCCGCGGCGCUUUCGUCGCCGCCGUCUUCGCCAUGCAGGGCUUCGGAAUCCUGUUCGGUGGCAUCAUCUCAUUGAUAGUCUCCGCCGCCUUCGACCACGCCUACCACUCCCCCUCCUACGAGCAAAACGCCUUAGCCUCCACCCCGCCCCAGGCGGACUACGUGUGGCGGAUCAUUCUCAUGUUCGGCGCCAUCCCUGCUGCCCUCACCUUCUACUGGCGGAUGAAGAUGCCCGAGACCGCCCGCUACACUGCUCUAGUCGCGAAGAACGCGGCCAGAGCAGCGCAGGACAUGGGCAGGGUCCUCAACGUUGAAAUUGAAGCAGAGGAAGAAAAAAUUGAAAAAAUCUCUCAGGGAAACAACUUCGGGCUGUUAUCCAAGGAGUUUCUGAUACGCCACGGGCUCCAUCUAUUCGGCACCACCUCAACGUGGUUCCUCCUCGACAUCGCCUUCUACAGCCAGAACCUCUUCCAGAAAGACGUGUUCUCGGCGAUAGGGUGGAUCCCGCCGGCGAAGACCAUGAACGCCAUCGGGGAGGUGUACAAGAUCGCCAAGGCGCAAACGCUGAUCGCGCUCUGCAGCACCGUCCCCGGGUACUGGUUCACGGUGGCGUUCAUCGACAUCAUCGGGCGGUUCGCGAUCCAGAUGCUCGGGUUCUUCUUCAUGACGGUGUUCAUGUUCGCCAUCGCCAUCCCUUACGAUCACUGGACGGAGAGGGACAACAGGAUCGGGUUCGUGAUCAUGUACGCGCUGACGUUCUUCUUUGCUAAUUUCGGGCCGAAUGCUACCACGUUUGUGGUGCCGGCGGAGAUAUUCCCGGCGAGGCUGAGGUCGACGUGCCACGGGAUAUCGGCUGCGGCUGGAAAGGCGGGAGCCAUCGUAGGGGCGUACGGGUUUCUCUACGCUGCACAGAAUAAAGACAAGACCAAGACGGAUGCCGGAUUCCCGCCGGGAAUUGGUGUGAAGAAUGCUUUGAUUGUUCUCGGAGUGAUUAAUUUGCUUGGAAUGAUUUGCACGUUGGCGGUGCCUGAGGCCAAGGGUAAAUCGCUCGAAGAAGCAUCACAAGAAAAUAUGGAAGAAAGCUGAUUUGAUAUUCAUUGAAUGCAUAAGUACGUUUCAUAUGCCAUAUACGUCCGUCUUUAUGUUUGUAUUUGCUUUUGAUGUAGUGGUUGGGAAGCAGCCAUAUGAAGUUUUAUUCACAUUUACUAGUACAUUUUUAUUCUUUUCUUA